CCGCACUAUAAGGGAAUGUUGACAUCACGGCAGUCACUAGCUGGCGGUAGUCCACCACGAAAUACCUGAAGCAAAAUGGCGCUGCGUUAUUUGGCGGCGGUGCUGGCAACUGCGGCCGUAAGCCUCGUCUCCGAGGCCUCUAAGUGUACUAACCUCAGCCCCUACCCCUAUGAGCUGGAGCUGGGUGAGCCUGACCUGCCGUGCCCCGAUGAAAAUAUGAUUAAGCCCUGCACGUGCCACACAGACACCCUGGGAUUCAUGACUCUCGACUGCAGCCUCAUUAACACCAACGAGGACCUGCAACGAGUCUUCAGCAACGAAUUUCCAUUCAAGCAUUUUUACCAACUAAUAAUUGACCACGACCCCAACGAUGCAAACAAUCGUCUGACAGAGAUACAAGCAGACACGUUCAACUUUCUUGACUUCCAGAGGGUGACCAUCAAAGGCACAAAGCUCCAGAUAAUAGAUGAGAAUGUCUUCAGUUAUUCUCAUGAUACGCUCACUUUACUAGAUUUGAGAAACAACAAACUUGUCGACUUCCCCUUCGAGACCCUCUUCUUGUACAAAAGACUCGAGACUCUGCUUCUUGACUACAACAACCUGGGAAGACUGGAGAAGUUCGGAUCCACGAGUUUGCAUACCCUCAGUGUGGGCCACAACAGGAACCUCAAGUUCACCAGAGACGUGCUCGAGGAAUUGCCAUGCAUCGUGACCCUCAACAUGGAGAGCAUAGACCUCGAUUACAUUCCACAGCACAUGUUUGCGAACCUCACUCAGGUGUACAGCAUCAGCUUCAACGACAAUGAUCUCACGGUGCUGCAGGAGUUCUCCAUCAAUCCGCUCCAGCCAACGGUGGGCCGUCUGAUGCUUGGAAGUAACAAAAUCCAUGACUCUUAUAGCAUGUCCAUCACAGGUCUCAGGGAUAACGCGAUCGUCGACCUCACCAACAACAGGAUCACCGAGAUGCGCAAGGAAUUAUGGCAGCCAUUCUUCGAGCAAGUAAUUCACGGUGUGGUGGACCUGACAGGCAACGACUUGAUAUGCGGCUGCGACAUGAGCUGGCUGUUCCUAAACACAACCACAAUCGACCCCAAGGCGCGCUACCUGCCCAUCAUCACGGAAUACACCACGUGCUACGACGGGACGCAAGUCGUCUUCUUGGAUUACCACGUCUUUGAGCACCACUGCCCCUGAGUGUCUCGUCACAUUUCAGUCCUGGAUCGAGAAAACUACAAAAGCUGUCAUCAACAAACUGUCUUCCGCCUUCAUGACGUUUUCCUUCGUUUGUUUAAAAAAUGAGGUCUUAUUUUAUCGAUGUAUCGCUGAGGUGGUUUUGUUGAUAAUGUUUCUCGCCUGACUGUGCCAGCUAUCCUCUGCGCUGAUUUCAAGGCUGUUUUUUGUUGUUCAUGCUAGUAUUGUAGAUAAAAUUUUCUCUCUCUCUCUCUCUCUCUCUCUCUCUCUCUCUCUCUCUCUCUCUCUCUCUCUCUCUCUCUCUCUCUAUCUAUCUAUCUAUCUAUCUAUCUAUCUAUCUAUCUCUCUUCUAUGUCUUCAGAAUCAUCUCCCUCUCUUGCACCAGCAGGAGAGCCGUCAGCUUAUUUACACUGAUAAGAAUAAUGAACAUACAAAAACAAAAAAUGUAAAUAAAAAACAAACAGAUAUAUAAACAAAUAGGUAAAUAAAUAAAUAAAUAAAUAAAUAAAUAAAUAAUAAGGAAUAUCAGUAUUGUCGAGCAACGCUCAAUCAAGAAACCAGCAAUGAAAUUCAAAUUUCGUAUCGAGAAGAGUAAUAAACUUUUGUCAAUGUGUA